CUUUCCGCUGCCCCUCCCUCCUACUUCAGAGGAUUCACACUGAUUGCCCUCAGAGAGAACAGAGAGGGUGAUAAGGAAGAAGAUCAUGCUGGAACCUUCCAGAUCAUAGAUGAAGAAGAAACACAGUUCAUGAGUAACUGCCCUGUGGCGGUCACAGAAAGCACCCCUCGGCGGAGGACGCGGAUCCAAGUGUUCUGGGUCGCGCCACCAGCGGGAACGGGCUGUGUCAUUCUGAAGGCAAGCAUCGUACAGAAACGCAUCAUUUAUUUUCAGGAUGAGGGCUCUCUGACCAAGAAACUUUGUGAACAAGAUUCCAUGUUUGAUGGGGUGACUGACAAGCCAAUCUUAGACUGCUGCGCCUGUGGGACUGCCAAGUACAGACUCACAUUUUAUGGGAAUUGGUCUGAGAAGACACACCCAAAGGAUUAUCCUCGCCGGGCCAAUCACUGGUCUGCCAUCAUUGGCGGGUCCCACUCCAAGAACUACGUGCUGUGGGAAUACGGCGGGUAUGCGAGCGAAGGCGUCAGACAAGUUGCAGAAUUGGGCUCGCCAGUGAAAAUGGAGGAAGAAAUUCGGCAGCAGAGCGAUGAGGUCCUCACCGUCAUCAAAGCCAAAGCUCAGUGGCCGGCCUGGCAGCCUCUCAACGUGAGAGCAGCACCCUCGGCUGAAUUUUCCGUGGACAGGACACGCCACCUAAUGUCCUUCCUGACCAUGAUGGGCCCCAGCCCCGACUGGAACGUGGGCCUGUCUGCAGAGGACCUGUGCACCAAGGAAUGUGGCUGGGUGCAGAAGGUGGUGCAGGACCUGAUUCCUUGGGAUGCAGGCACUGACAGCGGGGUCACCUACGAGUCACCCAACAAGCCCACAAUUCCCCAGGAGAAAAUCCGGCCCCUGACCAGCCUGGACCAUCCUCAGAGUCCAUUUUACGAUCCAGAGGGUGGGUCCAUCACUCAAGUAGCCAGAGUUGUCAUCGAGAGAAUCGCUCGGAAGGGGGAGCAGUGCAAUAUUGUACCGGACAACGUGGAUGAUAUUGUAGCAGACCUGGCUCCGGAAGAGAAAGACGAAGAUGACACCCCUGAAACCUGCAUCUACUCCAACUGGUCCCCGUGGUCCGCCUGCAGCUCCUCCACCUGCGACAAAGGCAAAAGGAUGCGGCAGCGGAUGCUGAAGGCGCAGCUGGACCUCAGUGUCCCCUGCCCCGACACCCAAGACUUCCAGCCCUGCAUGGGCCCGGGCUGCAGCGAUGAAGAUGGUUCCACCUGCACCAUGUCCGAGUGGAUCACCUGGUCGCCCUGCAGCAUCUCCUGCGGCGUGGGCACGCGGUCCCGAGAGCGGUACGUGAAGCAGUUCCCCGAGGACGGCUCCAUGUGCACGGUGCCCACCGAGGAGACGGAGAAGUGCACGGUCAACGAGGAGUGCUCUCCCAGCAGCUGCCUGAUGACCGAGUGGGGCGAGUGGGACGAGUGCAGUGCCACCUGCGGGAUGGGCAUGAAGAAGCGGCACCGCAUGGUCAAGAUGGGCCCGGCUGACGGCUCCAUGUGCAAGGCGGAGACUUCUCAGGCGGAGAAGUGCAUGAUGCCGGAGUGCCACACCAUCCCAUGCUUGCUGUCCCCAUGGUCUGAGUGGAGUGACUGCAGUGUGACCUGUGGGAAGGGCAUGCGGACCCGCCAGCGGAUGCUCAAGUCUCUGGCCGAGCUCGGGGACUGCAAUGAGGAGCUGGAGCAGGUGGAGAAGUGCAUGCUGCCCGAAUGCCCCAUCGACUGUGAGCUCAGCGAGUGGUCCCAGUGGUCGGAAUGUAACAAGUCCUGCGGGAAAGGCCACAUGAUUCGAACCCGGAUGAUCCAGAUGGAGCCUCAGUUUGGAGGCGCACCCUGCCCAGAGACGGUGCAGCGGAAAAAGUGCCGCGUCCGGAAAUGCCGAAACCCAUCCAUCCAGAAGCUGCGCUGGAGGGAGGCCCGGGAGAGCCGGAGGAGCGAGCAGCUGAGGGAAGAGUCGGACGGGGAGCAGUUCCCGGGCUGCAGGAUGCGCCCGUGGACGGCCUGGUCAGAGUGCGUGAAAAUGUGCGGAGGCGGGAUUCAGGAGCGCUACAUGACCGUCAAGAGGAGGUUCAAGAGCUCCCAGUUCACCAGCUGCAAGGACAAGAAGGAGAUCAGAGCCUGCAACGUUCACCCUUGUUAGCAGGCGUCCGAGUGUCUGGGGCCGCGCUCUAGAUGCCAGAGUCACCAGUGGCUGGAUCGUUUGCUUGCUUGUUUGUUUAAGGCAGUUUCAACCGCGUACGCUAGUUUUCAUUUCUUCAGUGUCGUUCGCCCAGUAGUCUUGGGGAUGCCAGGGACAUCUCUUCUGUACACUUCUUGGUGGGCACAGGCUGAGCAGGGCUCCCUCCUCCUCAGCCGGCCCUGCUCCAGCACAGGCGUGGGUCACGCCCGCCACCCCGCACCAAGUGGCAAGGCGCACCCACCGGGCGCAGGGCAGAGACCCG